AAUAUGAACUCUAUCCAAUAUUAUUUUUCAUUUUACAGUAGCUUUGAUAUGGCUUUUUCUGGUAUCCUGACAGAAGCUGAAAUUGCCGCUGGCCUACAGAGCUGUCAAGCUGCUGAUUCGUUUGAUUAUAAAACCUUUUUUGUCAAAGUGGGUCUCAACUCCAAGUCCAAAGAUCAGCUCAACAAAGUCUUCAGAAUUCUUGACCAGGACAGGAGCGGCUUUAUUGAGGAAGAUGAACUGAAACUUUUCCUGCAGAAUUUCUCAGCCAGUGCCAGAGCUUUGACUGAUGCUGAUUUCCUGGCAGCAGGUGAUAGUGACGGAGAUGGUAAAAUUGGAGUGGAUGAGUUUCAAGCUCUGGUCAAAUCUUAA